CGGGUCGGUAGUGCCGCCAGGCCUGCCCGCCGCGCACGGGGCGAGCGGCACGAGAGCGGGACCUGCAGCCCGAGGAGCCGCGCGCGCCACCAGCCCUUUCCUCCUUCCCGCCGCGGUCCCGCGGCCCGGAGGCGGGGUCAGCGGGCAGCUGAGCGGCAACCGCGCGGUGUCAGAGGAAGCCAGUCGGCGACCGGAAAAUAUUUGUGAAACCAAAACUUCCAAAAGAAUGUAUUUGGAUCAUGAUCAGACCUGGGAUCAUAGGUGGAAGCGAGCUGUCCUAUUUCCACCAGCUCCUUGACCAUGUCAGACUGGAUCUGAAGCUGGAGAAGCAACUUCUUUUGAAGUACUGGACCUUGUUUCUGCUAUGGGGGAGAAGGAAGCAAGGAGUAUUUAUUCUGGGUGUCUUGGCGUGACACAAUUCUGGAGACAAGAGCAUCACUCAGCUCUCAAGGGGACACAGCACAUCCUGUUACAGACAGGCAAGAGGAAGGUAUCCUGCGUCCGCCAUGCUUGCCCAGCACAGAGGACAGCAGAAGCUCCAGAGCCCACUCCUGCAGGCUCCCGGGCAGAGUGAACCUGGCCACAGCCCGCCUCUGGAACAGUUGUAACGUCUGCCUGUGAGACAAGAAAUCCUGGAAACCACAGACCAGUUUUCAGGGCCUCUCCCUUUUCUCUGUUGCCUUUCCCUUUCCAGGCUUUAACAAUGAAAAUUAUCCGCAGUGGGAGGAAGUGCACCCCAAAGUGUGAGUGGCGCACUACUCUGUGAGCCCCCCUCACCAUGUUCUCCGCACCGGGGGCGGUUGCGUCAGGAAGGCCUUACGCGUGCGGCGAGUGUGGCAAGAGUUUCCGCUACAGCUCGGUACUGCUGAGGCACGAGCGUGCCCAUGGCGGCGGCCGCGGCGGCGUCCACUGCCUGGAGUGCGGCGAGCGCUGCGCGCGGGCUGCCGACCUCCGGGCGCACAGGCGCACGCAUGUGGGCCAGACCCUCUACAUCUGCGGCGAGUGCGGCCAGAGCUUCCGCCACAGCGGCCGCCUGGACCUACACGUGGGUGCUCAUCGGCGCAGCCGCGCUUGCCCCUGCCGCAUAUGCGGCCGCCGCUUCUCGCACUUCCCCGCGCUGCUAGUGCACCGGCGCCACCGACACCCGCCCGAACGGGCCCGCCGCUGCCCGCUAUGCGCCCGUGCUUUCCGACAGAGUGCGCUGGCCUUCCACCAAGCGAGGGCACACGCCCCGGGGACAACCUCCGACCCGCCGCACCGCUGCACGCAGUGCCCGCGGGCCUUCCGCAGCGGCGCAGGGCUGCGGAGUCAUGCGCGUGUCCACGUGGCCCAGAGCCCCGUGCCCCGGCGACCCCGUGCCCCGGACACGCACCAGUGUGGCGUGUGUGGCAAGAGCUUCCGCAAGAGCUCUACGCUAACGCGACAUCUGCAGACGCACUCGGGGGAGAAGCCCUUCAAGUGUCCAGAGUGCGGGAAGGGCUUCUUGGAGAGUGCCACGCUGGUGCGCCACCAGCGCACGCACACGGGAGAGAAGCCGUAUGCAUGCGGUGACUGCGGGCGCUGCUUCAGCGAGAGUUCCACAUUACUGCGCCACCGGCGCAGCCACCAGGGCGAGCGGCCACAUGCGUGCGCCACUUGUGGCAAGGGCUUCGGGCAGCGCUCCGACCUCGUGGUGCACCAGCGCAUCCACACUGGUGAGAAGCCCUUCCCGUGCCCCGAGUGUGGCCGCCGCUUCAGCGACCGCUCGGACCUCACCAAGCACCGGCGCACGCACACGGGCGAGAAGCCCUACCGCUGCGAACUGUGCGGCAAGCGGUUCACGUGCGUGUCCAACCUCAACGUGCAUCGGCGCAACCAUGCUGGCCACAAGCCACACAGAUGCCCCGACUGUGGCAAGGCCUUCAGCGUCGCCUCCAAGCUUGCGCUACAUCGCAAGACGCACCUGGGCGAGCGGCCGGCGGAGUGUGCUGAGUGUGGCAAGUGCUUCAGCCACAGCCGCUCGCUGUCGCAACAUCAGCGGGCCCACACACGCGCCCGCACUGCUGCUGCCGCCGCCCAGGCCACAGCGGGGGCUACCCUGGUCUUCGCUGGUCCGGCUGUAGAGGAAAAGCCAGGGCUCUUUAUAUCCCAGUUGAGAGAGACUUGCUGAGGGGCUUCUCUGAAGAGGAUAGGCAAACACCCACAUCGUGCCACAGGGACGGGGUCGGGGAUGGGGCAACUCGCAGAGGGACGUUUGGGAAAGGACGGUGUUGUGACCUGCUGCUUUUCCAGUUUCUGUGGGUAGCCCUUCACCUACCCUGCCUCUACACCCUCCCUGUCAGCUCUUGUCCCAUUCUCAGUCCUUGCAUCGUCCGGCCUGGUUCUCUCCCCCGAGUGUAGGUGCAGGGCGUUAGGGGCACCUCUCAGACUCCCUGUGUGCAGGAGAGCCCAGGUAUCGGUAUGUCCCGUUACUGCUACCGUGAUCUCUGGUGUUUCCUUUGCUGUUUCUCUGCCCGUGUUGUCUUCUCUUGUCCCAUCUCCUUAACCCAGCCUGCACCUCUCCUGUGCUUCUUCCCCAAUACUUUCACUGUCCUGUCCCCUAAGAUAAUGAUCACUGAUUUGUGAUCAGUCACAUGUUGCUGGCCCUGUGGUCAUCUUGCCUCUUGGUUCCACCUGUUAACCUUUAUGCUGCUUUCUCCCUCUGCUUCUGAGACACAGGUGUGGAGGCAGGAGGUUAUCGAGCAGGGAGGACGUAUCCCUGCCUGCAGCUGCCUGCUCCCUGGCAGAGGGGGCCUACCCAUGUGAAGGUGGAUGCGCCCUUCAGCACCGCCAUUCAUCUGUCCCCAGGGCAGAUCAAGGUGCCUCUCAGGACAGUGUUCUCCAGCCAGGUUGGAGGCAUUUGCCCUGAGACCCAAGCCAAAACCACAUGUCCACAGAGCUAGGCACUACCAAAUGGAGCAUCAGAAUGUUUCCGAAUCUAGCUUGGAGCCCUGGGGAAACAGAUUCCACACAGGGAAGCGGGCAGGAUGGAAAAUCCCCCUGGAAUUAGCCAACAAACUUUUUGCUCAAGGCUGGUAAAAUAAAGAGUUGCUUGGG